AUGUCAGACAUUAAGAAGGCCAGCUCCUCGGAAUCUCUCCAGGCUGUCGACGAAAAAAUUGGCCACAUCGCCAUUAACGAUAUUGACAAAGAAAUCUCCUCUGGUGACGACUACGAUUUCAAUGAUGCAAACAACUACUCAACCCACUACGUUGAUGAAUUCAACCCAAAGGGUUUGAGAAUCCCAACUGACGAAGAAUCUGAAACCCUUAGAAGAAUCUUGGGUAGAGCUUCUUACGCCUCUUACUUGAUCUGUUUGUGUGAGUUGGCCGAAAGAGCCUCUUACUAUUCGGUUACUGGUAUCUUGUCUAACUUUAUUCAAAGACCAAUGCCAAAAGACUCUCCUCACGGAUGGGGUGCUCCAGCUGAUAGAAACUCGAGUGUUUCUGCUGGUGCUUUGGGCCAAGGUCUUCAAGCUGCUAACGCUCUUACCCUUUUGCUUACUUUCCUCGCUUACUGUGUUCCAUUGUAUGGUGGUUUCGUUGCUGAUACCAGAAUUGGUAAGUUCAAGGCUAUUUGGGUUGGUGUUAUUGCUGGUUUUGUUUCCCACGUUUUGUUCGUUAUUGCUGCCAUCCCAUCUGUUCUUAAGCACGGUGAUGCUGCUAUGGCUCCAACCGUUCUUGCUAUCAUUACCUUAGCUUUCGGUACUGGUUUCAUCAAGCCAAACUUGUUGCCUCUUCUUAUGGACCAAUACAGAGAAAAGACCGAUGUCGUCAAAGUCUUGCCAUCUGGUGAAAAGGUCAUUGUCGAUCGUCAAAAGACCUUGGAAAGAAUGACUUUGAUCUUCUACUGGGCUAUUAACAUUGGUGCUUUCUUCCAAUUGGCCACUUCUUACUGUGAAAGAGACGUUGGUUUCUGGUUGGCUUUCUUCGUUCCUAUUAUUAUGUACUUGGUCUUGCCAGUUGUCUUGGUCUUCUUGCAAAGCAGAUUGGUCAGAGACUCUCCAAAGGGUUCUGUUCUUGAAACUGCUUGGAAGGUUACCAGAGUUACUUUCUCUAAAGGCUGGAUCAGCAGAUGGAGAAACAACACCUUGUGGGAAUACGCCAAGCCAUCUAACAUGCUCGAAAGAGGUAGAGAAUUCUACAACGAAAAGAAGAAGACACCAAUCACCUGGGAUGACCAAUGGGUUUUGGACAUUAAACAAACUGUCAACUCUUGUAAGAUUUUCAUCUACUUCCCAAUCUUUAACUUGGCUGAUGGUGGUAUUGGAUCUGUUCAAACCUCUCAAGCUGGUGCCAUGACUACUAACGGUGUUCCAAACGAUUUGUUCAACAAUUUCAACCCAUUGACGAUUAUUAUCUUGAUUCCAAUUCUUGACUACAUUGUAUACCCAAUCUUGAGAAAGUAUAGAAUUGAAUUCCGUCCAGUUUGGAGAAUUUGGCUUGGUUUCAUUUUGGCUGGUUCUUCUCAAAUCGCUGGUGCCAUCAUUCAAUGGAAAGUUUACAAAACCUCGCCAUGCGGUUACUACGCUACUACAUGUGAUGAAUUUUCUCCAUUGUCUGCUUGGCAAGAUGUUUCUUUGUACAUUCUUUCCGCUGCUGGUGAAUGUUUUGCUAUGACUACUGCUUACGAAUUGGCCUACACUCGUUCUCCUCCACACAUGAAGGGUCUUGUUAUGGCUUUGUUCUUAUUUACCUCUGCCAUCUCUGCUGCCAUUUCGCAGGCUAUUACUCCAGCUUUGAUUGACCCACACUUAAUCUGGCCUUUCGCUGGUAUUGCCAUUGCUACUUUCAUUGCUGCUUUCAUGUUCGUUUACCAAUUCAGAAACUUGCACAAGGAAAUGGAAGAAGAAAGAAUUAUCAGAGAAGCUUUGGACCAUUCUGAAAGAGACAGAGAUCUCAUCUCGCACGGUGGAAUUGACAACGAUAACAACUUGCAAGCCGUUACCUCCAUCAAGUCUGCUGUUGGCAAAUAA